AGAUGAAGGUGGACUACACACACUCAUGACGCUCAUUAGUUCAGCAGCUUCACACUCAAACACACACAUCCUCCAAGGACAGGACGAAGCCCUGAGCAACACACACUCGCACACUUCUAAAGACUAAAGGUUGAAGAUGGAGACGUUUAGUCACAGAGUCAACUCUUAUAUUGACUCCUGGAUGGGACCCAGAGAUCUCAGGGUCACAGGAUGGUUUCUGCUGGACGACUACAUUCCCACCUUUAUCUUCACUGUCAUGUACCUGCUGAUUGUGUGGAUGGGACCGAAAUACAUGAAGAACAGACAGGCGUACUCUUGCAGAGCCCUGCUGGUGCCGUAUAACCUGUGUCUGACGCUGCUGUCUCUCUAUAUGUUCUAUGAGCUGGUCAUGUCUGUGUAUCAAGGUGGGUACAACUUCUUCUGCCAGAACACCCACAGUGGAGGAGACGCCGACAACAGGAUGAUGAAUGUCCUGUGGUGGUAUUACUUCUCCAAGCUCAUCGAGUUCAUGGACACCUUCUUCUUCAUCCUGAGGAAAAACAACCACCAGAUCACGUUCCUGCACGUGUAUCAUCACGCCACCAUGCUCAACAUCUGGUGGUUCGUCAUGAACUGGGUGCCGUGUGGACACUCGUAUUUUGGUGCAACCUUUAACAGCUUCAUCCAUGUGCUGAUGUACUCGUAUUACGGCCUGUCUGCGGUUCCAGCUUUGCGGCCGUAUCUGUGGUGGAAGAAGUACAUCACUCAAGGACAGCUGGUCCAGUUUGUCCUGACCAUGUUCCAGACGUCUUGUGCUGUGGUUUGGCCGUGUGGUUUCCCAAUGGGCUGGCUGUAUUUCCAAAUCUCUUACAUGGUCACGCUCAUCCUGCUCUUCUCAAACUUCUACAUUCAGACCUAUAAGAAACGUUCGGGAUCCAGGAAAAGCGAUUACCCCAAUGGAUCAGUAAACGGCCACACUAAUGGAGUGAUGUCCAGCGAGAAGAUUAAACACAGAAAAGCACGAGCAGAUUGAUGGCAGUUCAUCCAUUAUUGAUACGCACACAUUAGAUCCAUGUCCACUGACCACGCUAAAAACAUUUCAUAUUUCCGAGAGAGAGAGACUCCUUACACGUUUGCACACUGCAACCUCAUUUUAUUCAUAUUGAAUCCAAAACAAAGUGCAUAAGAGAGCUACGAUUAGAGUCCAGGUUAGCUUACAUCUAGAAUGCAGAGUUGAAGCCAAAAUGAUUCGCCCUCCUGUGAAUUUUAUUUCCUUUUUCAAAUGUUUCUCAAACGAUGUUGAACAGAUUCAGGAAUUUUUUUACAGUAUUUCCUAUAAUAUUUGUUCUUCUGGAGAAAGUCUUAUUUGUUUUAUUUCGGCUAGAAGGAAAGCAGUUUUUAAUUAUUUUAAACCCAUUUUAAGGUCAAUAUUAUUCGCCCCCUUAAGCAGUAUUUGUUUUGGAUUGCCUUCAAAACAAACCACUGUUAUACAAUGACUUGCCUAAUUACCAUAACUUUACCCUAAUUCGUUUAAAUGUCACUUUAAAGGGUCAUGACACCUCCCACUUUCGGUUCGAAUCUACUUCAGAAUAUUUUUCAAAAGAUGCAUGAUAAUUGGGGGUGGAGCUCCGCAAGCAAAGGACAGGAAUGGGCGUGGCCAGCAGAGCAGGGGAGAAGCAGGGGAGUGAAAAACUGUUGUCAGUCGGCUCACAAAAUGAGACACAAACCGUGAGGAGACGCAUGAGUUUAUAGUUUACAAAGUUAAAAUGCAAAGAAAUAAACAGUGAUUUAAUGCCAGGGUUCAACGCUAACGCCCCAUUCACACGAGGCUUCAGCGUCAACGCUUGACUGAAGGCGUGUCUGAAGUUGGGGCUGAAGCGAUCGUCAUAAAGUGUCAGCCAAUGAAAUUCAGUCAGCAAUAGGCCACUGUCUGAGCUGGUGUAUUUGCAUACAGCGAUCUGAUUGGCUGACGCUUCUGUUGGCGAUUGAAAAGUUGAGCUAGUCCCAACUUCUGCAGCGAGCAACGCCUCUGAAGCGGCGCUGAUGGAUCCACAAUGCAGUUCGGCAACGCCUGACGUCACCCAUUCAAAGUGAAUGGGAAGCGUUGACGCUGACGCCCCGUGUGAAUGGGGCGUAAGGAUUUUUUCUACUGGUCCAAUCGGGCCAAUGGUUCAGAUUUUUACUUGCCCUGCCAAAAUUUUCACUGGCCCCAUUAAAAAA